AUUCAUUCAGUUUGAGUUUGGCUCUUGUGCAGUAAAGACCUGGUUUUGAGUCGAACUUUUUUCCUCCGUCAGCAAAGAAUAGACUUUCUCGAGCCUUUUUUGUGUCUUUGGGAUUUGUGAAGAGAAACAAGUUUCGUUAUUGUGCGCUGAACUUGGAAGUGCAAAGAACAAUCAGUACAACAGAGAGACUGCAAUCAGUGUGAAUUAAGAUAAAAGGUUUCAUUCAGAGUGAGAUUGAGCCGAGUGACCUUAUGAACUGAGCGUAUUCGUGAGCAAGCAAGAAACUAUCAACGAGUGAGUGCUCGUGUUCAGUGAAGAAAGUUAUUCGUGAAGAAUCAGCGUGAAGAUGAUCAACCACAGCAUGGCCAGUUUAACCCACCAUCAUUACGGAUUUCCGCUCGGUGGUCACCAGAUGGAGAUGCCGCCGGCAGCGGAUUUCGCACCUCAACCGAACCACAGUCCGGGAAGUGUGGACGUUAAGCCGCGGCUGAACUUUGGACCAAUGGCCGGAUUUGGACAGACUCACCAUUCCCCGACCCAGCCCGGAUCUCAGCAGACCUCACCCGGACAGGAAGGUCACAUCAAACGUCCAAUGAACGCCUUCAUGGUCUGGUCCCGUCUCCAGCGCCGUCAGAUCGCCAAGGACAACCCCAAAAUGCACAACUCAGAGAUCUCCAAGCGGCUCGGAUCCGAAUGGAAGUUGCUUUCCGAGGCUCAGAAACGCCCGUUCAUCGACGAAGCCAAACGCCUGCGGGCUAGCCACAUGAAGGAACACCCCGACUACAAGUACCGCCCACGUCGCAAACCCAAGAACCCUCUGGCCAACGCCGCCAACGGACUCCCGCUCGGCAUGCAGCAAUCCGCCAAAGCCAGCCUCGGAUCCUCCUACCCGUUCCCGCAACUCCCGCCGUACUUUGCCCCGUCCCAUCAUCUCCAGCAGCUCGAGCAACACUACUCGGUCCCGUACUUCGGCGGCUUUGACCCGAUUACCCUGUCCAAACUUCACCAGUCCCAGCAGUCCCACCAAUCGUCCUCCCCAACCGGCAUGGAAGCCCAAAAGACCCAGCAGAUGCCCCCGACGUCCCUCAGCUCGUUCUACUCCAACAUCUACAGCGGAAUCUCCGCCGCAGCCGCGGCCGCCCCCCUCUACGCCGCCCACUCCGGAUCCCUGUACAACUCAUCAGCCUCAUCCGCCUCGCCCGGGUCCAGCCCGAGCGCCUCGCAACAUUCCAGCGCCCUGCCCGACAUCGAAAACUCGAUCCGACGGCCCGUGCAGGUCCUGUACUGAGUGUCCAGCAGUUGUUACUCCUAAAAAACCCCCGGCGGCGCCGGAUCGCAACCUAACCUCCGCGGACGUCAAACCUAAGCUGUUGUGUAAAUAUAUCGGCGAAAUUGAGGUUAGGUUCGCGAUCACUUUUAAUUUAUUCAAUUAAACAAAAAAAACUCACGAAAAAAGGAACGAUACCCCUCUCAUAGUAGGAAGAAAACUCAACAUUUUAGGUUUUUUUUGUUUUUGUAGAUUUGUGGUAGCGCGUAUUAUUUGUCCCCCAGAAUCCUACAAAACAAAGAGCUAAAACAAACGAAAGUAAACCAAUGUUUUUACCUGUGUAAAUAGCUAGAGAUUUAUCGCGAUGAGUGAGAGUGAGUGAGCGAUUGAGAAAUAAAACGUGUGAGCGAGAAAACAAACAAACGUAGGCUAAUUGUAACAGACACACAAAUUACAUGAAAAACAAACACACUCUGUGAGGUUUUGAACAACAAACGACUCAUUCCUAAGUUUAGUUGAUAUUUUUUCUUUCGUUUAGAGCAAGGAUACCAUUCCAUUAUACAAAGAAAUCAAGGAUGAAAUCUACUCAGCUGAUCUUAACGAUAUUUAAGUUAGGCUUACUUUUUUUUAUGGAAAAAGUAAUUUUAUUUGUUAUUAAUUGAUACGUGAAGAAAAUGGAGAAAACGAAAAAUAAAUGAAAAAAACUCAAUUGUAUGCAAAAUAAAACAUUUCUUAAAACAAA